UUGUAUUCAACGUUAAAAGAAGGGAACCCGUCCUGGGAGGUGACAGAGGCCGUUCUGUUCAUCAUGGCUGCGAUUGCUAAGAGCGUUGAUCCAGAAAACAACCCCACGCUCGCCGAGGUUCUGCAGCAGGUGGUCUUACUUCCUGAGACGGUACACAUAGCGGUCCGAUUCACGAGCAUUGAGUUGGUGGGAGAGAUGAGCGAAGUGGUUGACAGAAACCCCAGGUUCCUCGACCCCGUCCUGAACUACCUGAUGAAAGGACUCAGGGAACAGCCUCUGGCGUCGGCGGCGGCGAAGUCGAUCCACAACAUCUGCUCGGUGUGCAGAGACCACAUGGCCCAACACUUCCAGGGACUGCUGGACAUCGCCCGGGCCCUUGACACCUUCGCCCUAUCCACCGAGGCUGCCGUAGGACUGCUCAAAGGUACGGCUCUGGUCUUGGCUCGUCUUCCCUUGGAGAAGAUCGCAGAGUGUCUCUCUGACCUCUGUGCUGUUCAGGUGUUGGCUCUUAAAAAGCUUUUGUCUGAAGAAUCUACUAACGGUAAAUCAGCUGACCCCACCGUGUGGCUCGACAGACUGGCAGUUAUCUUCAGACACACAAACCCCAUCGUAGAGAAUGGACAGACUCAUCCCUGUCAGAAAGUCAUUCAGGAGAUCUGGCCCGUGCUGUCAGACACUCUGAACACUCAUCAGGCUGAUAACAGGAUCGUGGAGCGCUGCUGUCGCUGUCUCAGGUUCGCUGUGAGGUGUGUCGGCAAGGGAUCCGCCAACCUGCUGCAGCCACUCGUCACGCAGAUGGUGAGUGUGUACCAGGUGUAUCCACACUCCUGCUUCCUGUACCUGGGGAGCAUUCUGGUGGACGAGUACGGUAUGGAGGAGGGCUGUAGGCAGGGCCUGCUCGACAUGCUACAGGCUCUGUGCAUGCCUACCUUCCAGCUGCUGGAGAUGCAGAACGGUCUGAGGAACCAUCCGGACACCGUGGACGACCUGUUCAGACUGGCCACCAGGUUUGUGCAGAGGAGUCCGGUCACGUUGCUCAGCAGCAGCAUCAUCGUUCACAUCAUCCAGUGCGCCGUGGCAGCAGCGUCUCUGGACCACCGCGAUGCAAACUGCAGCGUCAUGAAGUUCAUGAGAGACCUGAUCCACACGGGGGUCUCCAACGAUCACGAGGAGGACUUUGAGCUGAGGAAGCAGCUGAUUGGCCAGGCCAUGGGGCAGCACGGCCAGCAGCUGAUCACCCAGCUGAUGACUUCCUGCUGUUUCUGCCUCCCCCCCUACACCCUGCCCGACGUGGCCGAGGUGCUGUGGGAGGUGAUGCUGUUCGACCGUCCGACGUUCUGCCGCUGGUUAGAAAACGCUCUGAAGGCGUUGCCUAAGGAGACGUCGGGGGGGGCGGUGACGGUCACUCACAAACAGCUGACUGACUUCCACAAACAGGUCACCAGUGCGGAGGAGUGUAAACAGGUGUGCUGGGCCAUCAGAGAGUUCACCAGACUGUACCGAUAGCUGCGACCUUCUCACACACAGGUAACUUCACAAGGGUUAAUCUUUUGUUGACCAACAUUCAGAGGUGACGGCAAAAAGCUGCGACUGCAGACGAGGAUCCGGAGGUGACGGAGGUGAGGGAGAUAAAGAUGGAGGACUUUGAAUGUGAAACAGGAAAACGCUCUGAAGGACUGACAGAGAGGACUGAUUGGACACAGUCCCCCCCCCCCCCCCCUCGAUCUCACCUGAGCUCACCUGCAGCCGGAUCAGGUGGGCGGGGUCAGGUGUGCACUGAUGCGUUCAGGGUCUUCAUCAGUGGACGAGCAGUUUUUAAGAGAAGAUUUAUUUUUGGGACUUUGGUCGUGAUGUUUUCUGUCCGUGCCAUACAAAGAGCCAAAAGAUUUCCCAUGAUGCUCUUGGCCAAGCGGCGGCUGCGAGGCGUAAUGCUGGAGGUUUGGCGUCACCUUUGACCUUUUUAACUUUGGUUGACUUUUAGUUGUUUUUCCACAAAGCGAGACAGAGUGAACUCUGGGUAAUGAGACGGAGAGACUGACACCAUGACAUCAUCGGUGAUGUAGCCUUGUUGUAAACAAUAAACAAAAACAACUGAAA